GCUAUAUAUACGACUAGUGCAAAGAACGCGGAACCUAAUCAAACGCAAUCUGAAUGAAUAAACUUCAUCGUCCCAUUUGCUUAAUCAGGCGAUCGAAAUCCCGUUUUUUAUCAUCGGCCAUGGCGGAGGAAAUCAGCUCAUCGUCGGUGUCCGUCUCUGAAACUACGUCCAAGAGAUCUCUCUGGUCUUAUCUUCGUUGGGUCCCCACUUCCACCCAACAAAUCAUCGCCGCAGAAAAACGCCUUCUUUCCAUCGUCAAGACUCCUUAUACACAGGAACUUGUUAAUAUUGGUUCUGGUCCACCUGGUUCGAAAAUAAAGUGGUUUCGUUCCACUAGUGAUGAACCGAGGUUUAUCAAUACAAUAACAUUUGAUAGCAAAAAAGAUGCCCCUACACUUGUCAUGAUUCAUGGUUAUGGUGCUUCUCAAGGUUUCUUUUUCCGUAAUUUUGAUUCUCUGGCAAAACAUUUCAGAGUAAUUGCUAUUGAUCAGCUAGGUUGGGGUGCAUCUAGCAGGCCUGAUUUCACAUGCAAAAGCACUGAAGAAACUGAAGCAUGGUUUGUUGAUUCAUUGGAGGAGUGGAGAAAGGCCAAGAACAUUGACAAUUUUGUCUUACUAGGACAUUCAUUGGGAGGCUAUAUUGCAGCUAAAUAUGCUCUUAAGCAUCCUGAACAUGUAAAACAGUUAGUUUUAGUUGGAAGUGCGGGUUUCUCAUCACCAAAUGAAGAAUCAGAGGCGUUUACUCGAUUUAAAGAAACAUGGAAAGGAUCUAUGCUAAAGAAUUUAUGGGAGUCCAAUUUUACUCCACAAAAGUUAGUCAGAGGUAUUGGUCCGUUUGGCCCAGAUAUGGUUCGGAGAUAUACAAGCGCAAGAUUUGUUGCCCAUUCGACUGGAGAAGUUUUGUCUGACGAGGCAGCAACAUUGCUAACAGAUUACAUGUACCAUACUUUUGCUGCCAAAGCUAGUGGGGAGCUAUGCUUGAAAUACAUAUUCGCUUUUGGGGCAUAUGUCCACAGGCCUCUUCUCGAAAGCGCUCCUCAAUGGAAAGUACCAACCAGCCUUAUUUACGGUUUCACAGAUUGGAUGUCUUUCGACGCAGCACAAGAAGCCCGCAAACAAAUGAAUGUCCCUUGCGAAAUCUUGAGGAUUCCUAUGGCAGGACACUUUGCAUUCAUAGACAAUCCAGAUGGUUUUCAUGCUUCGGUAUUGCAUGCCUGUCGAAGAAUCCUCUCGACCGAUCCAGAUAAUGUUCCUCUUCCUGAUGGUCUUCAAUCGGUAUAAAUGAGAAAACA